GAUCCCAGCAGUGCAGCGUGCAGGCGAGCCUGUCAGGAAUGUAAACACUCGUUCAUGUGCUGAGGAACCCUCAGUCUUCAAGUCAAAAUCAGGUAUUUGUAAAUAUGUUUUAAAAGUGCUUUAGUGUACUCUGGAAAAGUCUACCUGCUGCAGCUUAACUUUUGUCUGACGGUACAUUUACAGAAGCUUUUUUUUUACCGGCCAGAUAACAACCAGAACAGCAAGUGCUAAGUCUGCUAGCUAGAACUUGUAGCGAGCUCCCAGAUUGAGCUUCAGCAGAUUUAGUUCAUUCAGCCGGUUUUCAAUGUUUAUUUGCCGACCUGUAAGACAAAUGAAUGUCAUGAUAAGACUAUAAGCAGGCUGCCGAAAGUCAAGAACUUAUUCUGCAUUUAUAUAGUGAUAAAACACUUGAUAUAUACGUGGACUGGAAAAGGACGGAUGCCAAAAUACAGUCAACACUUUUUUCUGAUUGCUCAACACAUAGCAAACAGAAAGUAGAAGACGUCUUUACUUUUUAUACAUCUCUUUGGUACAAAGCACGGCAAUUAAAAUGUAGAAAUGUGCAAAGAACAGAUUAUGUUCUUUAGUGGAUGUCAGGCUCCUCAGUUGUUUAUCUAAAAGAGAGAGAUGUUACCUGUUAUUUUCGUCCCUUUUGUCUUAGAGUUUCACCUUAUAGAGGUCUUAUUCAGACGUGUCUACAAUGACUUGAACACCAUGAAACUGGCUUCACAUGUGCUCAGUCAAGGCCUACAUCAAUGACCCACAUGUUUAGUGUCUCUUGAGAGUCCCACCUUUGGCACUGUUCAAAGUCUUACUGAAAUGUUGACACUUUGCUGAGUGUACUGCACACAUUUCAACUUUCUACACAACCCUACGCCGUGUGUUUUAUUUUGUGAGUCCUGUACUACAAUAACUUUUUUCUGACCUCACCCAAACAGAAGACAAAUCAGAGGUUUAGUGCAUCUUCUUAUUCCCAUUGUGGUUAAAAAAGUUGAUCUACUCAGGCCUGAGGAUUUGCAGAUGUCAGAGAAGGUUGUAAAUCAGCCAGUCAGUUCUCCAUGAAUGAUAUUUUCUUCUGUUUCUUCAGAACUGCCAGGACACUUGAUGCUGCUGCCAUCAUGGCCUCAACCUCCAGCUUUGCUCCUCCCAAACUGGCCGACUUCAUCCUCACAGAGCGGCUAGGCAGUGGCACCUAUGCAACAGUCUACAAAGCCUAUAGAAAGGUGAGUCUCAGGAAAAGUUAAGGUCAAAUAUAUAUAAGCCAGAAUAAGAUGUACUUUUACACAAACGAUUUCAUACGAUUAUUAAGUCACCACUGGACUGUAUAGAUAUUAUAAAUUCAAUCUAGCCUUGUCUUCACAAAUGAAAGUUAAGAUCUUGUGUGAUGUUGCAGGGGGACAGCCGAGAGGCGGUAGCAGUGAAGGUGGUUAGCAAGAAAUCUCUCAACAAGUCAUCUACAGAAAACCUGCUGACUGAGAUUGAAAUGCUCAAGACAAUUCAUCAUCCUCAUAUAGUCCAGCUUAAAGACUUCCAGGUACAGCCUGUUUCUAAAAAGUGUCAAGACAUCACUCAAGGGGUAUGAACUGUGAGUGCAUAAACAGUCUAAGUGUAUCCCUUGAAUAUAAUAACUCUUCUUUGCAGUGGGAUGCUGAGAACAUUUAUCUGAUCCUGGAGUGGUGUUCUGGUGGAGAUCUAUCAAGCUUCAUCCGCAGUCGCAGGAUUUUACCUGAGAGGUUGGCCCGACGCUUCCUUCAACAAAUUGGUUAGUCAUUACUGAACUGGGUCAACAGCUUACAAAUAGACUUUAUUGUGAAAACGGACAUGAUGACUAUGGAUCUACACAAUUACAAUAUGAUAUAAGAACUAGUGACACAAAAAAGUCAUAUCCAGAUCACUCUAAUGCUUACAGCAUCAUUAUUUGUCAUCCUGACAAAUCAUAUUGACAAUUUCAGAGUUGUUUCAAGUUUUUUCUUAUUUGAAAAGAAGGAUAAAAUUAAGACAGAGGGUAAGCCGUUGCAGUUUUAUCGCUACCAUGUCACAACGGACAGCUAUAAAAUGCAAAGACAAAAUCUGAGUUUUCAUUUUCAUCAACUACAGAAUGCAUUUUUUUUUUGAGGUACUGAGCCAAAAAGAUACAUGUCAGAUUUAAAGUCAUUUUCCAGUUUGAUUUGUAAAAGUGUAAGAAAUGUUUAUAAAUGGACCUACAUUUGUAUAUAAAUUUGUUUUGAUUCUAUGUCCAUAUGAGUUAAGAUUGGGCAUUUUUAGACAGCCAGCAUUUACUCUACAAAAAUCAUAUGAGAGUAUUUGCAUUGCUGUAACAUCAACUGCUUUAUUAGGCACACUUGGUAAUUGUGACACACAGCUUUUAUUUACCUGAACUCUUUGCAUUGUGCAAACUUGUUAUGGGCUGAGAGUAGUUAAACCUUUUUUCCACUGCGUGUAUGUUUGUCUGUACAAACAGCCUGCGCGCUCCAGUUUCUACAUGAACGAAACAUUUCUCACUUGGACUUGAAACCCCAGAAUAUUCUGCUCAGCGGCUCCCUCCUGAAACUAGCAGGUGAUCUCACACUUGCCCACACAGGCACAGUACAUCAAAUGAACACAUUUUGAUCUGCAUUUUAUGAAAUUAUUUUUAUUGACCUGACAGACACUGGGAGAAUGGGCUGUUAUGUUAGCAGAGUAAGAAAGUUAUUUUUUUUGCCAGCCACAUUAGCAUUUUGUUGUCUUAGUGCAAUAUGCAGCUCAAGGAUGUCAGUCUGCAAAGCUGUCACAAGGAAUUGUAUUGGUUGAAGUCUCUCACAGUGAACAUGUUAUGAAUCUGUUCCCUCUCAGAUUUUGGUUUUGCUCAGUACAUGUCUCCCUGGGAUGAGCAGAGCGUCCUGAGAGGCUCUCCUCUCUAUAUGGCUCCUGAGAUGGUGUGUCGACGUCAGUACGACUCCAAAGUGGAUCUCUGGUCAGUCGGGGUCAUUCUUUUUGGUGAGUGCUUUGAUUUUACUUUUUAAGUUGCAACAACAAACUCUACAGCUGUAUGAACCAAGUCUUACUUUCUUUUCAUUAGAAUUGUUUGUAUCAUUCCAGUGAUUCAAAGAUGCUCAUUUUUGAUCUGGGAAUAUUCAAAGUGGAAUAACCAUCAUCAGUGAGCAUGUUAUUUGUAGAAUUUAACUUCAGGCUUCAAAGAAUGGCCUAUUAUUUUGAAAUAUAAUAUAAUUGUCUUAAUCUUAUAUGAACAUAAUAGAUGUUAAUGUAUUUCAUAUGAUAGUGGCCUUUUUAAAUAAAGGUUAUUUCAUAUAAAUACUCUGUUUCAACAGCAGUUCUGUUUUUUCAGUCAUCCCAACAUAGUUUUAUUGUUUUUACAGAGGCUCUGUUUGGUCGAGCACCAUUUGCUUCAAGGUCAUACGCUGAGUUGGAGGAGAAGAUCCGCAGUAACCAACCUAUUGAAGUAAGAACUUAACAGUAAAUGUGUUCAUCAUUGUAUCAAUAAUGAACUCAUCACUGAAUGAGCGUAGACUCCCCUGCUGAGGAAUAAAAAUGACUCAGUGCACACACUGUUGCUUUACAAGCACUACACUGCUCUCUCUAUUUUUCAAACAAUAGAUGCUGAGCGUGCUCUGUUUGUACAAUACUUGAUUAUGCAAAGCAUAAUGAAAACCUUAUAAUCAGCAAAGUUUAAUUUUUGUUUAAGUUUGCUAAAGCCAGCAGUGCAAUAGUGUUAUAUUUCAUGGUUCCACAGUUUUCCAAUUUGGUAUUCUGUUUGCAGACUGAGAUUUCACAAGACGGCAAACACUUGAUUUUCUUUAUUUUUCCACAGUCACAUGCCCCUGCAGAUCUGGGAAAAUGUAGACUUCUGUUUUCUGUCGUGUGCUCACCUAAAGUUUUUCUCUCUUUUCUUGAUCCAAAUAGAUUUCAGUGCAAAAAUUCAAAUACACCAUCACAUCAUAUGAGCAUUAAUAAUUUAAAAAGGCAUUUGGCAUGCAUUUCCUCUUGAUACAUUUAGCCCUUUUUAGUAACUUGAAAUGAUUGUGAUGCACAAGAUAUAGAAUAUAUAGAAAAAUAAACAAAUACAGAAAAAAGUCCUCAAGGAGAUAAAGAAAUGCAAAAAGGUAAAAUUAAGGCAGAAAAAAAAAGCCAGGAAGAAAGGGUAAAAAUACAGAGAAAGAAAGAAAGAGAGGAAAAAAAGAGACAAAAAAUAAUAAAACAGAAUAAACUGGAAAAACAAAUACAGUAGAAAAGUACAGAUAGGCAAAAAAGAAAGAACAAAGAGAAAAAAAGUGGGGAAAAAAUUUGAGUAAUGUAUUAAACAAAAAAGAAAUAUAGAAAGAAAGACAGGAGAUUAAGGUGAGGGAGAAAUAUGUGAAGAAGAGAGAAAUUCAAAUGAAAAUACAGAAAUUGAUACAAAACACUAGGAAUAAACAAACCAUAGAGAAGUGCAGAAAGAAAUACAGACAGAAAGGGGAAAAAGACAUACAGAGACACAAUGAAUGAAUGAAUGAGUGAAAUUGUCUGACUGCUGUUUGACAUAGAGGAAGCAGAGUCUCUACUUUAAAAAGCACCUUUAGUUAAGAAAAAAAAGUGAAAGUUGUGUCUGAGUGUUUGUAGUUUUUCAUCAUGAAACCACUAGAGGUCUCACUUUCACACACGCCAUCCAAGCAGGACUGGCAAUUCAGCUGAAACAAGGACCUAUUGCUCAUCUUCACUUAUCUAAAAUUAAAAGACAUACAGACAUCUGUAGUUAUUAAUAUGUUUUAAGUGUUAAUUAGUUUAAAAGCUUUUAACAGAGUUUCUAACUGAGUUUCAAAAGGCUCAAGUCAUGAUUGUGUCGGUCCGGGUUUGUCUGCAGACUACACAAGCCAAAUGUUAAUUACUGGGGCAAUUAAGGAUAAUGGCGCUAUUUAAUGAUGGAGGGCUUUCAGUACACUUGGAUUUCGUGUCAAACAUUAGGCUGGAGCUCAAUGGCCUGCAUUAACAUUCGGUCCGUUUCCCAAAGUUUCACAUCGAGUUUUAAGGUCAUCUUUUGAUAAAAAGUAGUGAUGUGAGACUAGAAGGUCUCUGGCAACAAUCUGCUGUCCUUUCCCUCUGCAUCUUCCUGUGGAUUGAGUGUAACAUAAUAAGGUCGUGUUUUGUGCAUCAGCUCCCUCCUGGGGCCAGGGUAUCCAAGGACUGCAGAGACCUUCUGUUGCGGCUGUUAGAGAGAAAUCCAGAUGCCCGGAUCACCUUUGCAGAGUUCUUCACCCACCCCUUUGUGGAUCUGGAGCACAUGCCGAGUGCAGAGAGCCUUGUGAAAGCGGUGAGGGAAUAAAAGACAGGGACAUAUGCGCUGGCAUGUGUCUCUUCUCCGGACAACCAUUAAUAAUGUGUGUGAUUGACUGAGCAAAUGUACACAUGUGUUUUCAGGUCUGUGUUCAUGCCUGCUCCACAUGUGCUUCCUCUACAUGCAUGCAUUAGCAGUGAAGAGUAGUAUGCAUUCAGUGAUGCCACUUCCUAUUUCCUCCUUUCAGAAAGAGCUGGUGCUGCAGGCCGUGCAGAAGGACCAGGAAGGGGAAAGAUCUGCUGCUCUCUCUCUGUACUGCAGUGCCCUUGAGCACUUUGUCCCUGCUAUUUACUGUGAGAGCAACAACCACUUUCUUUCUCUACCUUCCAACAAUGCGUUGCUUUUGUUUCACUGUGAUAAACCAGCAAAGUAAAUGCACUUAAAGAAAAACUAAAACAUCUCUGCUCUCCGCAGUCGAGACAGACAGACAACGUAAAGAUACCCUCAGGCAGAAGGUAAGCCUGAAAACUCUUCCCGCCUCCACGUUCAGAUUACUUUCUAUUUUCAGUUGGUCUUUUUUUUUUUUCUCUCAUUACACUCGAGUGGCUUUCACUGGGAAUGAAUUCUCCUCUAUUAAUACCAUAUGGGGAGAAUGGAGAGCAUAUGGCAUGGUUGACAUGAUUAAGUUGAGUCAAUGUAAGAGGACUCCCCGCAGGUCAGCCAGUAUGCGUCCAGAGCCGAGGAGCUGAAAGCCUUGGUGGCCUCAGACAACAGACUGAGCUUUGAGGAGGCCCGGACCUCCAGGGAUAUCCUGCGAGGUAAAGAACACAACUCAGCGCAGAGUUAGAGCUGCUGCAUGUCGGCUUCAGCUUGGUCUGAUCUGGAGCUGCAUGACAGGGGAAACUUGAGUUUGGUGUUUUUGUACGUGCUUUAAACUUUGCUUUGGAGCGUUUGGUCUUCUUUCAUCACACCCAACUGGUUUUACGGUUUUAAAAUACUGUACAUCUUCAAAAAUGUCUUAUUUUGGUACAAGAACAAAACACAGCUUUAAACAUUUCCCUUUCUGACUUUUUAAUUAAUCAACUUCAUCUUCUUUUCCUGUUUCAGAGGUCAAAGGUCAGGGUCAGCUAUGAAGUUACAGUUUUUGAGUCUCCUAGGGACUCUGCAUUUUGCCUAAAGACACUUAAGCUCAAUUACCCCGCUGUCCUUAAAUAGAUAUUUGGAGAAUUAAAGAGUCUCAAGUCUAGAAAGUUAGAUAAGGACACAACUUUUGUAAAUUGCUUCAUAUGUUUAGUGUUACGCAUUAGUGUUGAAGUAGAGUAUUCAGUCGGUCUCCAAGAGUUUUUGAGUUUUUUUUUCUUUCUUUCUUUUUGCAGAAAUGUCUCGGGACCAACCCCGGCUGCUGGCUGCUCUGGAGAUGGCCACUGUUGCCAUUGCUAAGGUUAGAGGGAGUUUACUGCUGCAUGGUGACACCGCUUUAGAGACACACAAAGGUAGGGUGAAGCAGAAGUAAUACAAGAGUAAAAAAACAAACCAGCAGGGUACAAACCAAUCCCCUUUCUCAGCCUGCUUUCCAAACCACAUCUUUUAAAAUCACUGGUGAACCAAAAACAUCUAUUUUGUGGUUUCGCUGCCCGUGUGUUUUAUAUUUGUGUGUCUCUGCAGUUUACGUACAGCCUAAAAAUGUUGAGGAUGUGAACAACCACCAACGACAACUUUCCCAGAGUUAAUAGACUGAAAAGCUUCAACUAUGCAUAUUUAUCUAUGGUCAGUUAUGAGGCUUUAGUUUACCUCAUUUUGAACCUUCUCCUGCAGGAGGAGAGUGGAGCUGAUGAUCAGGAGGCCCUGGAUGUGUAUCAGCAGGGCUUAGGAGAACUACUGCUGGCAUUAGCAGGUAAAUAAACAUCUUUAUUUCUUUGUAAUGUUUCCCUCAAACCACUCAUUUCCAAACGUUUUCUGUAGGGGCCUUUAUUGUAGACUUAAGCCCUCUCUUCCUCCUCCAUACACACCAACAGAUAAUCAUACAUCCAUACUUACUAAAACACACAUUUGGAAACCUCCAACAGAUUCCUGCAUUUUUGGAAACAUUUGGACCUCUGUCUGCCCGAAUUUCUCUUGGGAUCACUGAAAUUUCUCUUGGUAUCAACAAAGUAUCUGUCUAAUUUAAAAAAGUGCUGAAUUGUAACUUCUGUGAGCGACUUGACCUAAAAAAUUAACGAGACAGUUUUGCACAGUAAGCAGUUUGGGGGAAGCUGCAUCAUAUGACUUCUAACUUCUUAGUGUGAGUGGCUCCAUGUUGGUGGAGGUCAAGCUGAGGGCGAAGUAUGGUUCAUCAUAGUUUCUUGUCCUUGUUUUAGGAGUUGUGGUAUUUAGUUUAGAUUCAUGUCAGCCCUAUACUCUUACCGGCAGUUGUUUCACAUGCCAAGCUUUGCUAGCUGUGCAGAUCUACUUUGUGCAUUGUAUUUAUUGAGCUUUGCCCCCACCCCCUAUGAUUCUGUGGACCUCUAGGGGGCACCCUCCUGUUUGGGAAUUGUUGCUUUAUAUUUUCUGUACCUCCCAUUAUGGAUCUUUGCUCAUGGACACUGUGGUAGUAGUGAGCGAGCAAGGGAGCAAACAAAAUCACAUUUAAGCUCCGGUAAGGAACAUUUGGUAUGUGUUCAUUUUGGUGUAUUUUUUUAUGCUUGAAGGGAUAUUCUGGCAUAAAAUUAAGAAUCAUUCUGACUUUUGACAUUCAAAUUUAUCAACAUUUUGGUAGGGAAAAUUCAAGAAAUUAGCUUUUUUAUGCCACUUUGCAGACACCUGCCCCCUUACACCAGCAGCUGGCAUUAAAAUUACACAAUAAAAUUUGUCCUCUUGCCACUGAUCACAUGAUCACAUGAUUAUCACAUGAUAAAAGGCAUCAUUAUGAAUGUCAGUCUAUUUAUUCAACAUAGAAAAAUAACUCCUUACAGGAGUUUAUCAGUCCCACUUAUUUUUUCUCUGUAUUUAGAGACAUCGACACAGUCCUGUUUUCUCAUUUUUUAUAAGAGAAACUGUCCCAAGAGGGAAAGAAACAUACAGUAUUCUACAGAGCAGAAGAUUACUGAGUAAAGAUUAUGACUCUAGGUCACAGCAAGAAACAAAGUCAGGUCAAAAGAUGCUGAUCAGAGAAAAUCUCAAAUAUAAUGAUCUCACAGGAUUCAGAGCAAGUGGACUGAGUGUGUUAAACCUGUAAGACCAGACUUUCACCGGGUUAAAGCUACUGUGAGGAGUUUUUGAUUGAUUUUGAAAUGGGCUGAAAUGAGCAGUGAUGUGUUUCUGUGAUCUACAAAGUUAAAAAGUUCACUAUAAAAAGACAGAGGGUGGAGAAUUUCCAUCAGUCAGCUCCACUCUCACAAGGAUGAGAUGAAAUCAGCAACAAUAAAAUAAACACAGACAAAAAGUUCCUCCCGAGAGCCUCAAUUGAUAUGCAUUUGUAGCAUGGAUUUUGUUAUUAGCUAGCUCUCUGUUCUGCUUUUCAGUUUCCCCUCCUUUUCUUAAACUGUUGUAGCAUCCGAAAUGAAAUCUCCCUUUAAUCAUUUUUAAAUAAUUAAUGCUAAUCUUACUCAAAAAGGAAAACUCUCUGGAUGAGGUGGACUGUCAAAAGGUUGCUAAAGUGCUUCAUGUCUCUUUCCAUUUUAAUGUGAACAGUGUUAUGAGAGGAGACAUGUAUCAACAGUGGCGCUCCGUGAAAUCAUGAAUGCAAAGUGAAUUAUCAUCCCAAGAACGAUUUUUUUUUAAAGAAAAGCAAACAAAAGAGAGCUAGAGGCUGGAAAAAAAAGGAAAGAAAAAAGCUGGAGAGAGAUUAAAGAUGGAGAGAUGCUCCAAAGUGAGACUAAAGUGAAAACAGAGAAAGUCUUGAGGAGAUGGAAAAUAACUCAGAGAAAGUGAUUUAGGAAGAGUGAAAGACAAACUGACAGAGUGAAGCAUUAGACUUGGAGAGAAACGGAGACUCUUAAUAAGCGACAGGCAGACAAACAGACAGAGGAGCUACAGAAGAGACUCCAGUGACUCUCUCUGCGGCCUGGCGUCCAUUAGCUCGGGCUCAUGAGCUCAUCUGGAAGAUCGGCCUAAUGGAAGAGGUGGGAUAGAGUGAUCCAGAUGUGGCUUUGAGCCGGGAUCAAACCCGGUGCCAGCACCCUGUGUGUGGUAUGAGAGCCCUGCCAUCUGCUUUUCAUUCAGACAGCACACUUUAUUUGUUUGUGUUAUUGCACACUGGAAACAAAUAAAAGCUAUUAUCUCUUUUUUUUUAUACAUCAUCCAGCCAGUGAUGAUGAAUAAUGUUCCAGGGCGGGUUUGAAGACUUUUUAAUUUUAUUAAGAUAGUCAAAAAUGUUACAAAAGAAAAACUUCAUAAUCAACCAGUGUGUGAUAAUUUUAUGUCGUCUGUACAGAGGAACCUCACCCUGUCAGUAUAUCAGCAACAAAGAUGGAUGGUAAUGAAGUUUAAAGUCACCGUUACUGUACUGACAGAUUCAGAUUUUCAUCAGUUACUUCAGUGUUAUUCAGCCAACAGUCCUACACUUUGAACUCUGAGGUUUUAACUCAAACAGUCACCCUUCACUUCUAAAAAAUCCCUUCAUUGCCUUUUAAGUUUAAAGUUUUAUAGUGUGUUGAAAUGGGAAUCUUUAGCAAUGACUAGCUGUUGCUCCCUUGCUCACACUUCUCAUCUGUGAAGCUACGGUGGCCUUUGAGGACAACUGAGCCCUUUCAAUGCAUGAAAAGCAUGAUCCUGCAUUUGUCAGGUGUUUCCAUCAAAAAUGUUGACCAACAGAAAAUGUUUUGUGCACAACAACAACCGCUCCCUUCUAUUUUGUCUUCCAACCUGUGCAUUGCAGCCCAUUGUUUUGUGCUACGGUAAAUUGCUUUUUUAUCAUAAUGCAUCUUUGGGCGUUUUCUGUUUAACAUCAAAGUCCUGUAUCCCUUCUUAAUAAAGACAGUAACCCAGAGGGGAAAAGGAUACCUGUUGCAUCCACCAAGCAUGACAGGUGUAGUGUGAUAAAACAAAUAAACACAUGUUAAGACAGAAUACAGUCUUUCAGUGACCAGCAGAAUUGAAAUGUAGAAAUGGCUCCUAGUGAACAAGCUAAUGUUAAUUUAAGCACUGGAGCAAAUUAGUGGCAGUGAGAACUUUUCUGUUUGACUGACUGCUCAAUAGUUAUUGUUUUUAUAUGAUGAUGAUGAUGUUUUAUAACUUCUAUUGUGCAGUCUUCUCCGUUUUAAAAAGUUUGAUAGUCUUCCAGAUAGACCAUAAAUUCAGUUAUCUUAGGACAGAAACAGCAAAAGAAGAAAUAUCCUUCAGAGGACUACUUAUUCAUUUUAACUCAGUCUCUACUUUUUCACUCUUGAUUCUGUGCUCCUGUUUGUACUUUAACUCUGCUCAUUUGGAAAAAAUGUGUGUUUUUUUUCUGAUCGAUCAUAUAUGAUUUACUGGUCCGACUGAUCCCGUGCCAUCCCAGCCAGCCUUUCUCCAGUGUCAGGCAGCCACGUUGUGUGGGCACAGCAGAAACCACCAGGGGGGUUGUGGGGAGAAAACAUUGGUUCUUUGUUUAGCUAAGAGCUCUUUGUUGCCCAGCUUCCCAACAUGCUUUGCCACCAGAGCUCUUCUCCUCCUCUUUUCCCUCUCUCUCUCUCUCUCUCUCUCUCUUACUCUGUCACUCUCCCCUCCAAGAUGACUGACUGUGAAAACACUGGCCUACAUUAGACCCAUUUCCACCCCUGAGACUCAAGUCUACACGCUAGCGAAAUCCAAUCUUGUAGUUGACCUCUGCCUGAAUAAACAAGGUGAUUAGUGAGUGGACCCUCUCCUCCCUUCCUCUCCUCAUUAUUUUCUAUAUCUUUUUUUUUCUCCCCUCGGUGAGCCAGCCGAGCCGCAGGGUCGCAGGAGAGAGCUGCUCCAUAGUGAGGUGAGUGUGUGAGAAGGGGAUUCUGGUUGAGUGCUCAUGAUAAGAAAAACUAUCAGUCACCUCUGAAGAGCCCAGGGCUGAUCACCUAACACUGUGGAUGCUUCAUCACAUGACCCCUGAGCCCUUUUUCCAACAAGUACAAGUGCAUGUUGUUUGUUAUAGAAGCUAAAUUAUAUAAUCCAUCAUUUUUAUAGCGGUUACAUACACAUAAAUCACUGCCUGUUUUAUAAUUGGAUACUUAAAGCACCCCAAUCAAUCAAUAAUGAAUCUCUCGACCACUUGUUUGUACAAAAAAAAUAAAAAAAAAUAGACGUACACAGAUGGAGCAGAGACUCCAGUAUUUAAAGACCCCGCUGUUACACUCUAUUGAAUUACAUCUGCCACUUCAUUGUUUUGGUUGGAAUACCUGCUAAUGUACUUUUUAAUUUUUUUUUCUGUCACAAACACUAGCAAUGAUCAGUGUGAAAAAUUCAACAAAGUAACACUUAAAUACUACGGCUAAACAUAUUUUGUAAGUGCCGGACAGAAACAUACUUGGAAAAUACGACAUCAAAGGAAAGAGCUUGUUUAAUUUAGUCUAUGUUUAUUUUCAAAGAUAAUAAUGCCCAUUUGUGGUUGACAGCUUGUUUCUGCUGCCCCCUAUUGACAAAAAAUAUUAUUCCUGUGUGAAAAAACUGCCGAUAAAAAAGAUUAAACUUAAUGUGAGGACUUUUCAACCAAUUUUAAAUCAGUCUAAGUGUUUUUACACCUGAAUAGCUCCAAGAUGUCCCAAAUCAUGGACUGUUUUCCUCCCCCCCCCCCCCCCCCCCCCACACACACACACACACACACACACACACAAACACUAGAAUUUUGAACAGAUAGUUUUGUAUUAUGUAUUAUUAUUAUUAUUAUUAUUAUUAUUAUUAUUAUAACAACAAAGAUGAUAUAUUUCUCAAUUGCAGAAAUCCUUCAAUAGAAAAAAACACAAUCCUGAGGGCCAUUUUGAGAAGGGCCCCCAGAUCCUGAGGUUUUCUGAAGUGUUAAGGUUUACAAAAAAGCUGCUAUCUCGGCCUCUGUAGUCGAUAGAAACAAAAUUCAAAAAGUAUUUGAGAGCUUAUACAUGUGGCUUUCAAGAAAGCUCUCUUUUAGUUUUGCGAACCUUCAUCACAUUUUUGAAAACCUUGAACAAACAAACUCAAAUGAAAUAAAGCGGCUGUAUAAAUAAAAGUAAAGGCUCUGCACUGGAGAAUGACAAAUAAUUUGCUUUCUGUAAAACAAGUGGCAGUCAUGAUAAAGUGUCCAUUCAAUACAAAUGUAAAUAUAGAAAAUAAGGUGUUGAAAGGGUAAACAGCUGCCCCAGUAUAGUGCCAGUACAAAAGCAGAACUAAAAACUAAAAAAUGAAUAAAUAAAUACGUGGCUGACAGUGUGUUCACCUCUGUGCUCACCCAAAGUCAUGCAACACUGAGAGAAAACGCUGAUAGUGUGAGCCAAAUCACUCCAUAUGAAGAGGUUGUUCACACUGCUGGAUGUUUCUCCUCUGAAGCUGCUCUCUGUCUCAGUCAUUGUUUACUUCACUCAUGAAGCUCAUCAAGCACGUAGCAAGAUCCGAGCAUGAACCCGAGCGCUUUAUUCGCCUAUCAAAGGCAGACGGGUACGGUGAUUUCAUUCACCGCGACUCCAGAAAUGAUUAAAAAACUACAAAAUGACGUAUCCGCGCUCCCGCUGAUAUGCUGACAUGCGUACACAGAGCAGAGCUGUCCCCUCGCGACUCUCUCCCCGCCUCGUCUCCUACAGUCUGUCAGCCUCUGUGCAGCACCUUCGGAGCAAGCAGGGGCGCCUACAGCAGCGGGGGGUCGCCAAUUUGACAACAAGAGUUAAUACAUAACCGCUUUGCAGUUAAGAUUUAUUAUUAUUAUCUUUUAUUUUAUUUUUUUGGAAGUGCUCGUGCCGCCCCCCAUGAGUCAUGACACAAAUGCCGCCCCGGGCGGCUGCCCUGUUCGCCCGUGCCUAGAACCGCUACUGCAUCCUGGAGCAGUUUGUUAACAGUGAAAAUGAAGCUGCGAUGUAGUGACAUAAGGACAAAGAUGGUGUGAGCGUUAGUCCACUUUAAAUAAAAUAAAAUUUGAUUAGAUUAGAUACCAAAAUGACCCAAGGGAAAAAUAAGACGAUGCAUCAAAUUUUACGUCCAAAUUGGAACAAAGCAAACAAGCUCUAGGUGUGGAAAAGACCAAGUUUUAAUACUUCCGCCUUCUUGUGCCCUACACGAAAGAACCUUGUUUUGGUGUAAACUAUAAACUCUACCCCCCCAACCUGACCUGAAGAGAGUACAGAGAGAUUUGAGUGUACAUCUUAGGCUUUGGAGAUCAUGUAUGAAAGGUAAGUCCCUGGAAAUAUAAGGGCCCAGGGUAUCCAGGAAAAUGUCCAGGAAAUUUCAGAAGUUCUUGUGUUAGAUGAGAUUUUUGUGAGACUGUUGUUCGCCAGUAUUUUCAUACAGCCGGGGUUGGUCAUAAUGGACUAUAUAAAUGUGCUGUUAGAGUUUUAGCAUUACCAUGAGAUCCUACUUUUUGUACUUUUAUAAUAUGUCCAGACAGUAAAAUUACCAACAUAGAAAACAUACAAACAAAAAUCAAAAUGCAAAAGAAGAAUGCUGCUCCCAUCUUAAAAGGGCAAUCUAAUUAAAUCUGUAAUUACCAUAAAUGCUGAUUCAAGGAAAUACUGAGCAGAAAAAAAUUAAAGCUCCACACGCCUCUCAGCUCAGAUUUAUAAACUACAUGUUACAUUGCUCUCCAUUAUCAGUAGUUGUCAUUUAAUCAACUAAAUUAGGAUGAGAAGUAAAUUGAAUUUGUUAAUAAAACCGAUUCAUAGAAAACUACUUUACUUGACCAAAGUGACAACAUCCUCAAGUUACAUAAGUGAACCUUGCAAAGCUAAAAGUAGAUAAAUGUGUGACAGAAUUACUAUGACUACUGCAAACAGCUCUGUGCAGAGAAGAAGAAAAAUGUAGUUUUACAAAUAAGAUAUUCCCUUUUUGUCAGUUCAAUUCAAAACAAAAGUGCAUGAAGAUUUGAUCUUGAUCUAAGAGCUCACAGUGUGUGCGGUCUUUGUCCACGGGCCAAAAAUCUCUUGUCUAACUGCACUCAUAAGACCUUUCCUGCACAUACUUACGAAAAAGUCCUAAAUUUUGAUGGUCCAAUAAAUGUGCUGGCUAAAACCUUCAGGAAUCAAGACCCUAAAUAACUGCAUUGAAAUGAGACUUUGCCAAACACAUGUAGAGAACUUGUGUGUGUGUUUUUUGUAAUGCUCUAGAUCCAUUUGUUUUUGCGCAGUGUUUAGCCAGCAACUGCUCCACUAACAGACAGACAGACAAUAUUUCACUUCUAAACCCUGGAAGAGGAUGGAGGUUUGAGUGGGCCUCAUAGACCUCCCUAUUUGAAGUUUUAUGGAUGCUUGUCUUAAGUAAACUCAGAUGCGGGUGUAAUAAUCUAACACAGUAUUAAGGAGGUGGGGACCAGGAUUCAAUCUAAAGCAUAUGUGUAAGUAAGAAUCAGAAAAAAAGCCAACAUAUGCUGCCUGACUGGCCUCCAUGUGUGUUCAUAUCUACUGCAGAGCACACUUUAGCCUUUACAGCUUUUGUUUCAUAUCCUGUCUCCUCCGUGUGAACCACAGCUUUCAUUUAUCACGUGCAUGUAGACAUACUGUAGAGUCCAUGUGGCUGAAAUAUAUGAGGUCAUGUUGUCAGUGAGUGUAGCUUUAAAACUCUGUAAGUCAUCCAUGUGUCCCAUGAAGCAUCCUUAGAUUUCUCCUCAUUAUUAUACUUGGUGAUUACAGGGGCUGUGAUGAAAGUCCUGUGGCUGCACAAGGUUAGGAAGAGGGCAGAAUGCGAAUAAAAAACAACCCAGAAUGAUUUACUGCAACAGAUCAGUGUUUUAGAGGGACAUUAUGGAAGCCAUCAGUGUUGAUUAUGACCCUCAGAUGUUGCUUCAGUAAUGCCCACCAGUGUUUGCUUUAUACUGCGACAUAAUGGUGAUAUAAGUAGAGAUGAGGUGCAGCCAAAACCUUCAUGAUCAUCAGAGGACCACAGUAAAGAGCGCCCUCGAGCACACGAUGACGACAGUUACCAAUAGCACAUGUGCACCAUAUGAAACGUUUUCACAAUGUAGCACAGAGAGGAGGAAGUGCGUCAGCAGAGGUGAUCAGUUUAAUCUGAUUUUGUCUCGUAAAAUUAAACAACUGCCUUUUUUUUCUUCUUCACAAGAAAACAAGAGAGGCUCAGUAAAUAAAUCUAGUAAAUGAACACAUUUAUAUUUUCCCUCUUAUUAUUUUAAACCACAAUUAAUUAGAGGAAUAGAAAACUCACAAAGUGGAAAGCUGUGAGAAUAAAACUUUGCUGACUUUGGGCACAAGGGAAGUUUCGGUUUAGUGCAAACAUUGGCCUUCAGGGCAAGUCCAGACUUUUAUGACCAAGAUGGACCAAGUGAGGCACUGUCUUUGUGUGCAUGGAGACACAACACAAAAACUAAUAUUCUGCUGUUUUUAUCUCCACUAGACAUACAGUACAGGCCAAAAGUUUGGACACACCUUCUCAUUCAAUGCAUUUUCUUUGUUUACAUUACUAUUUAAAUUGUAGAUUCUCAGAACUAUGAAUGAACACAUGUGGAAUCAUGUGCUUAAGAAAAAAGUGUGAAAUAACUGAAAACAUGUUUUAUAUUUUAGAUUCCUCUAAGUAGCAACCCUUUGCUUUUUUUAGCGCUGCAAACUUUUGCUGUUCUCUCAAUGAGCUUCAUGAGGUAGUCACCUGAAAUGGUUUUUACUUCACAGGAGUGCCUGAAGUAACUCUGACAAGGAACUUCUGUCAUCAAGAGCAAAGGGUGGCUAUUUUAAAGAAACUACAAUAUAAAACAUGUUUUCGGUUAUUUCACACUUUUUUUAUAAGUACAAAAUUCUACAUGUGUUCAUUCAUAGUUUUGAUGCCUUCAGUGAUAAUCUACAAUGUAAAUAUUCAUAUAAAAAAAUAAAGAAAAGACAUUGAAUGAGAAGGUGUGUCCAAACUUUUGGCCUGUACUGUAUCUACUUUAACUACCAGUAUUAAAGCACCACAGUAGCUGCGUUUACAUGGGCACAAAUAAUGGAAAUAAAGGCCCGAUCGGAAUAAAAUGCGUAAUGUAAACGUAACGAUCGGAAGAUUCUGAUCCAAUCAGCUCAAUUGCAAAGAAAUUGUAUUCCGAUCGUAAGAGGUGGUUUAUUCCGAUUGUUAUUCCGAAACGCUUCCAUGUAAACACUUGAUCUGAUCGUGACUCUCUUACCUGACUUGAUCUUAACUCUUUAGCCUUUGGCAUAUUUAUUGAGGCCAGUUCAGGAGGUUUCAUUAUUAACACUCUGACAUAAAAACACAACAGCAGGUGACGUGUCUGCUCCUCCAAUAACAUAAUAAGGCGUACACACAGGGUAAUGAUGUCACACCUACACGCACAGUGUAACCUUUGCCAGAACAGUAAAAUAAGUAAGCAAGGGCGCCAUCUAGUGACAACAUUUAACAGGGGGAAAACUCCUGAAUUGUAUGGAGUGAGCCACUACAGCAUUUGUUGGUUUGUUGACAGCACAGGCGUAAAUACAACUCUUCGUCCGAAUGUUUCUAAUCUGAAUAAAACUUGGUGCAUGUAUAUACCCAUGUCAUGAUUGGAUAAUUUGAUUUUGCACCCUUAUAAACAGUGGAUUCAGAUUAUCCAAUCCCUCCAAUUUUUAAUCGGAUCAAGAAAUUUUGCCCAUGUAAAUGUGGCUACUGAUGGUAUUUUACUGUGUAUGCCUUAGCUUCAAAAGUACCAACAUAUGAACCUUCAACUCCAUUCUCAAAAGACUCAACAGGAAGUUAUUUUUUCAAAGACACAAUUUACAGUUUAAUUUAGACGUGCACCGUCUAACUGUCAGUAAUGUAAAAUGUAAAUAAAAUGUUGAUUGUUGCAGUUCAGCCCACAUAGUUGAUUUUGGCAGAAGUCCAGCUUUUGUCAAGCCAACCGUAAUCCAGGAUUUUAGGUUGGCAUAUGGGGUGGCCUUUCAAACCAAGGGGGGCCCAUGCCUCCAAGUCACCGUUGUAGACACACCCCUGAUCAGUAUACUAACAUGUAUACAGUCAUGUUAUACUUGUGCCUGAGUCCUGAACAAAAGUAUAAGAUUGGCCCAGAGAAGGAUCCUGGACUGGAAAAAGAGUGAAGGAGCAAACUGAAUACAUUUGAGAAAAAAGAAUAAUCUCAGAUUUAAGAGGACAGGUUAACAAAAAAAACAAAUUAUUCUUGGUGAUAAUUAUACAAAUUGAUCCAGGAUAUUUUUGUUUCCUAGCCAAAUGGUGAACCAACUAACCAACCAACAUCCCACUUUAUAGUGCCGUGCUUCAAACAACGAACAGAAGUUGAAUACCUGUCAAUGUGUUAGCAAGACCAAGUAAUUGUUAUUAAAGAGUGAACUCUGAAAUUUAAUGUCCCACCAGAUUAAAACCCUGAUGUCCAGAGCAGAAUACCUCAAGAAACAUAUCAAGGUAAGCUCCCUGGGAUCAAAGUGAUAUUUGUCGAUUUAAUUGUGAACAUCUCUAACUUUUUUAUAAACAAAAAUCCCAUCAUGCUUUCUCUUAACGCUAAAAAGUGUCUCUCAUUGAGAACUUUGCCUCAGAACAUGUGAAAACAAAUGCUGAAUCAGUGCCCCCACCAGCGUUUUCUAAUAUUCUAUUCUAAUAUUCUUUAAGUUUGUUUUUUUGGGUCACACAGCUGCACUUAUAUUACUUUUAAUCUGUCUCAUGACCAGCUUUGACUCUUCUCACAGGAGCUUUAACUCCCCGUUUCUGUAAAUCCUGCACUUGUUUUAUUAAAGUUAUUACUUAUUGCUUUUGGCUGAAGGCAGGUAUGUGUGAAUAUUUCAGAUGCAGGAGACUCAAAGGGACGCGUCUCUGGAUCGAGAACCUCUGGCAGACUCCGUCAGAAGCUGUGAGUUUCCCCACUGUGUUGUACAAACUGCCUUUCUGCUCAGAGUGUGUGUUUUUUAAGGAACCUUGCAGCAACUCUAAUAAACUGCUUCAUGUAGGUUUGGUUCAGGAAGGUUAUUGGGGUGAAAUGAGGACUGAAAGUUGUAACGAAGCGUCCUUUCAUUAAACGUUUGUUCCUCUUGUAAAAUAUGAGCCAUUCUCUAGCUGCGCUGGCCACCCUGCAGGACUGUCUGGCUCUUUGAUUUCAUCUCAGUGCAGCCCUGGGCCACUCUGUCCUCUGCCCUCUUGUAAAGCCAACCUUGUGAAAGUGAGACUUGCUGCUUUUAGAGAGCAAACUGUCUAACACAAAAACAUUAGAAGAGACACACAUAAUUUCAUCCUUUCACAUGCUCCCAUGCUGAUUUGUUUUAUGUAUAAAUGUUUAUAAAGUGAAUAUCAAGUACAAAUCACAUCCAAACAAUGAUAUGAAGAGCAUAAUAUACAAAUUAAUGUAGCAUAUUGUAAAAUAUACUGGAACCCCAUGAACAGAUUACUGAGCAGCAUUGAAUAAAAUGUGAUGAUUAUUCCAUGAGUCGUAUUUUAAUAUAUUUAGACCCCGAUAGCUGUCACAUAUCUACACAUGCAGCCUAAUUCCCAGCAUUUUCUGGGCCCAGCACUAGAUGAAUAGUAGAUACCUAAAGCCCAGACAAUAUCCUGUUCUCAGCGAGAAAUUCCUGUGGAGUUAUGAAUAAGAAAAAAAAGUGGGGAUGGGGGAAGGGCAGGAAAGACUCUGGAGACCGCUCAAGUUUCACGAAGAACGUGACUUCUUAUUCCGCUGCUGUUAUUUUAAUAAAACUGCGCCACAGUCAGCCGUACCAGCUGGCACUGGGCCAACAGCAGCUGUGCUGAGAGGGUCGCAGAAACGCCCAAGUCUGUCUGCUGACCUUAGACUACACCAAAACAUCACACUGGAACCUGCCGCAGGCAAUUUACAUUGAAGAUGUCAGGCUGCACUCUGUGUUUCAGUGGCCCAGUUAGAGUUCCACCGCUGGAGCCUGAAGCACUAAAUCCUUACUGACUCACAGCUACAUCACAUGCAGAGGUUUUUUUUCUUCAUGUCAAAGAUUAGAAUUAAUGAGUACACAUUUAUAUUUACAUUUUUCUGUGUAUGUUGUAAACAAUAACAAGAACAUUUUCUGUUCAGGUGUUAAGUAGGGCCCAUCUUUCCUUCAAGGUCAAAUUUUACACCUACACACCGUGUAUACAAGCUGUCUGAAAACUGCUAAUGAUUAUAGUAAACAUCACUUCUUCUGACAUUUUUCAAGAGGACUACAAAUCUCACCACAUUGUGCCCAAAGAAAAUCUCAGUUUAAAUCAUCUCUAUCAAAAUUUUACAGUAAGGUAAGAAAUGAUGGUAAUUUGAAAGCUGAAACUUUUUGAGAAGUUCAGUCAAAGGGUUGGUUUGUCUUCAGAUGUUAAAGUUUAAAAACUGUCUUUAAAAAAAAAAUGUUUUUCUCUGCAAACCUGAAAGCAGCAAGAAACAGACAAACGUCAGAUGUGGUUACUAUCUCCAUAAGGGGUGGGAGAAAAAAAUCGAUACAGCAUAGUAUUGCGAUAUUUUGUCUGGUGAUACAUCGUAUUGUCUCAUUUACUAAGUAUCGAUUUUUCUAAUUAAUUGUUAAUAUGAAGUCAAAUCUAUGAUAAUGGAAAAAUAAAAUCAACAGUUUGUCCAGUGAGGUUGGCAGAGGUGACAUCAUAGUGCGGGAGAAAGUUAGUACAACAAAUAUGUAUAUAAGGUUUGCAAGAUGUGCUACAUGAAAAGAAAAUACAGCGUAAAUAAAACAAACAUAAAGGAAAGACAAAUGCUAAAUUAGCUAAACAGUUGAGAAAAUUGAAAAGUAUAAAUCGCAAUAUAUUGUAUCAUAAUACUCACUGUAUUGCAAAAUGCAAAAAAUCACAAUAAUAUCGUAUCGUGGCCCAAGUAUCGUGAUAAUAUCAUAUCGUGGUGCCACUAGUGAUUCCCGCCCCUUAUCUCCAUGAAGUUACUUUAGCUGGAAUUUUUGUCAUAUAUUAGGAGGUUGAGUUUUGCCAAACAGGGAUUUUUUUUUGUAACAUAUAUCAUUCAUUUGUGUUUUUUCAGCUUGCUGUUUGCAGUAAGUUCAACACCAGGCGUGGGAACCGGCUGAGACACCCCAUGAAGCAUCAGAUCGCCUGUCAGUUAGCAUUCAAGUCACACAGACUCCACCUGAACAGGUUUCUGUCGGGGCUAAAUCAAAACUGUGCCACACCACAUCCUCACCGGGGCAGAACACUGUCUGGGUGGGAUGUUCCAGUUGCCAGCUUCAUGUGGUGGAUGUUUUGGCUGACGCGGGAGGGUUGAUGAUUUAUCUGGCAGGUUGAGAGCUUAUUAAUUCUUCUUGGGGGGAAAAAAAAAUACUGAAAGAAGCUCUUGAACUUUGAAUGCUCACCCUGGUGAAUGUGGAUGUUAGAUCCCAGCUCUUUGCACUGUGUUUUUGCAAAUGCUCGGCCUGAAACCCCUCCUCCUGGCGCUCCAUUGAUAUGUAAAUACUGGACAGCUUGUAUGACAAUACCACACUGUCAUGGUAAACGAGUUAAACCGAGGCUGCUGCAUUUAUUCCAGCCCUGAACAUUCAACGGGAGUCAGAGCACACCUAAAAACUGUGAAAAUCAGAAAACAGGAUUACAUAGGAACUGUGACGUUGAGAAGAAUCACAUGAGUUUGAACUGUAGUUACUAAAUCAUAUUGAGGCCUCUGCAAACAUGCACAUUCCCCCUCAGCCCUCCUUCCCCGCUGCCUUUACUGUGGGUCAACCACAGCCUCACCAUGCUCUCUCCACUGAUCGAGCCUUCUCCACCACUAUGAGGGGAAAACUGGAGAGGUGCGGCCUCUGCCUUAUUUACACUGGACUCUGAUUUUCUUAGGUUUGGCACUGGUUUUCUGUUUGAGGGAUACAGUGAGUAGUGGAACUCAAGCAAAGCCUUCAUAACCAGGCCUCUGUGAAACAGUAAAAAAGCUUAACAGCCGGUGGCAGCCUGGUAAUCCUCUCUGUUGUAGGUCUACAUGGACUGUUUUGAUCUCAGAAAGGUUGAGCACUUCAAUAUUCCAAAAGGGAGCAGGACUUUGAAGACUGAAGAAAAUAACUGAAGCAGGAUUUAAGGGAGAAAAGUAUCAAUACGUGUGCUGGAAAGAUUUACACAGUGCUGCAUUGUUUAAUGUUUUCUUUGAAUGUUUGUACAGCUGUGAUUUUAUAUGACAUGUAUUUAUUAAAAGAGAAAUUCAGUUGGAAAUCAAACUGAGCUCUCAGGUCUGUGUAGGUUGGAUGUUUUGUCAACAGCACCAGGCAAACUCUCAUAUUUCAGAACCUAUGGAAAGAUUAAUGUGCCGUCGUGGGAGCACUGCUGCUGGUCCCCGGCCAUCGUCAUCAUCUGGAAGGCCGCUCUGCAGGAACAGCUGGCUCAUGUCCACGAGAGGAGGAGAGAAAGGGAGGCAGACAUGGGAAAGAAGGUACAUCUGAUUACAAUAACAUCCAAACGGAAGUCUGGAAACGAAGGAAACUAAAUUAAUACACUUUCAGACCUUUACUGCCCUAAAAUUAUGUGAAUCACGCAAGGAAUUCAUUACCUCUGGUUUAUACUUUCUCUUUUUAUUGCUCGUGUCUCUUCUGUCAUGGCGCUCCAGUCAUCUCUUUCUUCCAAGUGACCAUUUUGAGCUUUUCUGCUGGUUACAAAAACAGACAUGCACCGACUGUGAAAUCAGAGCUGAUGCUUCUGUCUCUUCGCAUUACUUCUUUGUAAUUCCUGGUGUCUGUUUUUGCAAUGAGCUGAUGUCUCUCAAUAUCCGCUGUCAGCCCU